ACUCCCUUCUCUCUCUACCUCCACCACUCUCUCGCCACCAUGUCUGCGCUCUCGCUCGCAAAACAGGCAUACUCCGCGUUCAACCGCGAUAAGCCCCAUUCGUCCAUUACGGAAUGGGUCGAGAUCCUCACCUCGAGCAGCUACGAAGAGGAGGCGUACGAUGGGAUCCCGGAAUUAGUGGAUUCCAUCAAUAUUCAAGCCACAGGGCCUGCGGAAGCUUCACGCGCGGUCCGCAAGAAGCUCAAGCACGGAAACCCUCAUCAGCAGUACCGCGCACUCGUGAUUCUGAAGGCUAUCGUCGAGAACGGCGGCCACAAGUUCCAGACGUCAUUCGCGGACCACCAACUCACAGAUGCGAUCAAGAACCUCGCCGCGGAUGCCGCAACAGACCACAAGGUGAAGAAGAAGCUUGCCUCCGUGCUCGCAGCAUGGCAUCUGCAGUUCAAGGAUGACCCCUCUAUGACGCUUGUGGCGAACCUGUACAAGCAGUGCAAGGUUGCACACUCCACUCGUGUGAGCACCGAUCGGCGAGCACUGGAUAACGUCAACGCUGGUCUUGGCGUGGACGCCGAAUACAUUGAGCGGAAAAAGAAAGAGGACGAAACUAGGAAGAGAAGGGAGGAAGAGAAGCGCAAAGCCAAGGAAGACAAAGCGCGCCGGAAGGUGGAAGAGGAGGAGCGAAAACGGAAGGCUGCACAACCGAAGAUGAAGCGAAAGCCCUUCAACUUCGAGCAGGAGAAACCGCAGAUUCUUACUUCCAUCGCUAACGCCUCCCAAGCGGCGAACAAUCUAGUGAACGCCAUGACACUCGUAAACACUGCCCAAGAUAGCCUGGAGACAAAUGAGCGAGUCCAAGAAUGCUUGACCAACGUGAAGCAAGUAAGAAAGCAGAUUGUCCGCUAUAUCCAGCUUGUCGAGAACGAGGACAUGAUCGGCGUUCUGAUCGAGACCAACGACCGCAUCAUCGCAGCGUUGGAGAACUACGACUUGCUCUCGAAGCCAGAUACAUCAGAACAGCAGGUCAAGGCGAUUCAGGAGGGGCUCGCCGCUACGAAGCUGUCGAACAGUCAGCUGGGCAAGCUGCAGGAUAGGCAGCGCGCGGCGAUCGAACGGUCGACUGGUCGCGUCGGGUCUUCCAGCACGCGGCCAGACUCCGACGAAGAUAGCCCUGCCAGUCCAACGAGCCCGUCAUACGUCCACCCCGACCUGCAGAACCUUGAGUUCGGUGCUUUGGGCGCCGAGCAGAGCGGUCUGCCUCCCCCGAUUCGACCGUCAGUACCGCGUUCAUCGUCGGAAGACGACGAUGCGUGGCGACGCGGCUCCCUCUCGGACUUCAGCGACUACCACUCGUCCGAUGAGGAGACGCACAACCGCGCCGUCGCGUCGUCUUCGGGGCAGCCCCGCCGGCGAGGAUACGUCGACGUCUCCGACGACGAGUCUGCGGAUGUCCGUCGGAACCCGAAGCAGGGCUUGCUGGAGGACCCUUUUGCCGAUCCACUCUGACCGCUUUCCAUUGAACUAUGAGGCGGUGCUGGGAAGAAGGAAAGGUGGCAAGAAGUGUAAGCAAGCAGUACUUGUACGCUCGGUGUUCUAGUAUGUUUGUGUCACCAUAUUGUAUAGAACGCGCUGAGAAGUUGUAUUGUGAUCUACCAUGUGUAUCUGAAUUAUAUCAUUCUAUU